GACGUUUCCUGGCAUCGCCGGGACGGAAGCCAGUAUCGCCGUGGGGCUGGUUGAGAAAAUGGCGUCCUCCGCUUCUCCUCGCCCUUCGGCGGGGAAGCGCGUGGUGAAUCAAGACGAACUGCGGCGGCUGAUGAAGGAGAAGCAGCGUCUGAGCACCAACCGUAAACGGAUAGAAUCUCCACUUGCGAAGUACAACCGUUUGGGGCAGCUGAGUUGUGCCCUAUGCAACGCGCCGGUUAAGAGCGAGCUUCUGUGGCAGACCCACGUCCUGGGAAAGCAGCACCGAGAGAAAGUGGCCGAGCUGAAAGGCUCGAAGGAAGCCCCCCAGGGCCCGUCCGCCAGCGCAGAGCCUCAGUCCGCCAAGAGGAAGGCUCCCGGUGCGGAUAACCAGGAUGCCAAAAGACCGAAGGCCUCCCCGGUGCCUCAGGUACAGCCCUCCACCUCCGCUUUACCCACCAACUUUGACAAAGUAGGAAAGGAGUCCACUAGAGCGACACUCAGUAAGGCUCCGGCACUCGGUUUGCUCCCUGAUUAUGAAGAGGAGGAGGAAGAAGAGGAGGAGGAGGAGGAGGAGGGAGGAGAAGGGAAAAGGGGGGACGCCAGCAAGCAGCCGCCUAACGCACUGAGCAGGGAACACUCACUCUCCUCCCCUAGGGAGGCAAGUAGUAUGCUGCCAAAUAAAUUCUCGGCUACAAAUCCUCCCAACGCUCCUUUAAUUCCUCAUUCAGGUUCAAUUGAGAAAGCAGAAAUACACGGAAAAGUAGUGGAAAGGCGAGAAAACACCGCGGAAGCAUUACCGGAAGGGUUUUUUGAUGACCCUGAGAUAGAUGCCAGGGUACGAAAAGUUGAUGCCCCAAAGGAUCAGAUGGACAAAGAGUGGGACGAAUUUCAAAAGGCCAUGAGACAGGUCAACACUAUUUCCGAAGCCAUUGUUGCUGAAGAGGAUGAGGAGGGACGGUUGGACCGGCAGAUUGGGGAGAUCGAUGAGCAGAUAGAGUGUUACCGACGGGUGGAAAAGCUGCGGAAUCGCCAGGAUGAAAUAAAAAAUAAGCUUAAAGAGGUUCUGACUGUGAAAGAACUGCAGAAAAAGGAAGAGGAGAAUGUUGACAGCGACGACGAGGGAGAACUACAGGAUUUGUUGUCUCAGGAUUGGAGGGUGAAAGGGGCUUUGUUAUAGGGUUUUAAAGACGCAAGGUUUCUCGAUGAUUGUAUAAAAGUGCCAUCUGUCAUUAUGAUACCAGUUACCCCAUGCCAUGGGACUUGAUAAUCUGAGUUGAGUUACAGUGAGCCUGCGAAGAUAGCACUUUCGAAAACAGGUGUAAAAUGUUUUGGGGGUAGUUGUUUCUGAAAUAUUUUAAGUAUUGCAUACUAAAAUGACAACUUUUUCACACAUUUACAAAUUUAAAUGUAUAAUUUUGAGUUGUAAAGGCUAAGCUGUAAAUAUUGUACAUAGUUAAAUACAUAUUUACUUAAGUAA